AUGCCGGUCGAAAAUCUCGAAGAUGAAGGUUUGCCUAAAAAUCCUAACCUUGAGUUAGCAGCUUGGCGUUUCACCCUUAACAAUCCAGAAGGAAAAGAUAAGGAGGAUGCAAAGAAACGGCUUAUGGACGCCAUCAAAGAGAACGGUAUGUUUUGUGCUUUGUCAUCUCGAUCACUUGAUCACAUGUUGAAUGAACACUUCGAUGUCAUGCAUAAAUUAUGUGGGAAACAAAAUUUGUUGCUGUUUAUGUGUCAGGCGUCUAGGCAAUCAAGGAAGUUACCAAAAAAAGAAAUAUUUUUAUUAAUUGAUUAAUUGACUCUAGGUCUAUUCAAUGCAAGUAUUACCAGUGUCACUUUUUUUCUUAUUAUGUCAGAAAGCUUGCAAAAUACCCCACUUCUAUGAGAUCUGAGUUAUUUCAGGAAAUGAUAAUGGUAGCUCUGACGCUUGUGCACUCACUGAAGCACUAGAUCGAGGAUGUGUUAUCUACAUGUACGCUGAAAAACAGCUGAACUGCCAUGCAUUAUCUUGCUGACAUCACUCGACUCCAAUAACUUUUCAUUUAGGGUCGCUCCGCCUAGCAGACAAUUAAUUUAGAGCUGUCUUUGAAACAUCUAAGCCAACUAUUAUGUGGUGGCAAUUUUUAUUUUGAAAAUAAUCCGCGCUGGAAACUCUUAACAGGCCAUCGCAUCUGUAAUAACUUAAUGAAAAAAAGAAUGAUGGCUUUACAACAAAUGAUUGACAAAAAAAUACAUUUUUUGUUUAUUUAGUCGAUUUUGUCCAGUUUUAACCAUGGAAAAUUUUUGUCCUUGGCAGAUUUUCCUGUCUGGGACAAAAUUUGUAAAAUCAUGACAAACCAUCUGCAUUUAAUGUUUAGUGGGUUAUAAAAGUAAUGAUGUCACUCAUCCAAUAAUUUUCUAUCAUUAGAGAAUUGAUGUAAAACUUUGUAGUUUGGUCAGUGCAUUAGGGCAUGACAGGCCAUCUGAUAGAGUGUGAUAAAAAAUCAGAAAUUGUGCGAUAUUUUUAGGGUAGAUUGUGCCAUAAGAUAGGACUAUUGUGCGUUAAAUUAUACGAUUUUUCUCAGGGCUAAUUUACAUUGUUUUACCAGGUUUCAAAGGAGAAAAACUACUUUAAUGUUGUUUAACAGGCAAUUUGAAUGUAAAGGAAUAAUAAAACAUCUAUUUUAAAACAAAAUAGUUAAAUUUCUCUGAUUAUUUUGACCCGGAAAAGAAAAAGGACACUUGCUCAACAUUACAUGAUGCCAUUACACCCCUGACCCACACUGCUUGUCAUUGAAAUCAAAACGGCUGCCCAGAUGGAGACUGGCAUGAAUUACUUGCCAUAACCCGAUCGAAGGUUUCAGAUGCCUUGCAAGGUUUUCUUUUGUGGUAAUCACCCUAAAUAACAUUAAGAUUGGGAAAAUGUUUAAUUAAAGUUAGAAUUCAUUGUUUACUUUACUUGAAUUUAGCAUUUUUUUUACGAAUUAUGCCAUUUUCGGAUGCAAUUUGAGGUCAAUUGUGCGAAAUCGCACCAUCGCGUAAUAUCAGAUGGCCUGGCAUGAUGAAAAAUAAGCUGAGGGAUUUAGGCCAAUUAGUAAUGGACUGUUAUUAUGAAUAAUUAAGGAAAAAAAGUUCUGUACAGCUGUAGAUCUUCAGAUGUCAAAUUACAACACAGAUGUAGGUCUCCUUUUCUUAUAGUCCUUGCCAUCAUCAUUUUACAGAGAGGUUUCAGAUUCCAUCACUGAGUCUUAAUAAUAAUAAUUACUUUAUUUAAGUCUCAAGCUUCUAGCUUAGCACAAGUGCUGAAAGUAAUCGGGGAGACAAAAAAUGGUGGUGGAGUUCACUGUUUGUGACAUGUACAUGUACAUGUAUGUAAUCUGUGAAUCACAUGACAAAAUGUCCCUGUACAUUGCAGUAGGGAGGUCACAACUGGUGUCCCUGUUCAAUGUCAGAGCACAACAAUAAAUUUUGAUGGCUUCCACCUUCUUUCCUGGAAUUUAAAGCCGCUAUGUUAAAUACAAACUAACUCUUCCUUGGCUAGUAUCAAUAACUUGAUUUUUGUGCAUAUCCUUAAUGUAGACAUGGCACCCCUCUAUGAAGAGCUUUGCACUGAACUUAAAUGGCCUGUUGAUAAACCUCUUCUGGCAAAGAUGCAGGCAAACAAUGAAGAGAAGUUCAAGAAGCUUGACGAAACCCUCAAAGAUGCUGAGGAAAAUUUAGGAGAGACAGAAAUCAGAGAUGCGUUGUAUGCUAAGGCAGAAUAUCUCUGCCAGAUUGGGCAUAAGGUUUGUACCAAUAAUGGCUUUGAUUUUGUUUCUGUUAGUAAAAUAAAAACCCCUUAUGAUUACUACGUGUCAUCAUUGAUGAGAUGAGUUAAUGCCUCAAGGGUUUUAUUGCUCUGUUGUGAUGAUUAUUUUUAUAUAUUUUAAAAAUCUUUUUUUUUCCAUUUCCAGGAAAAAGCUCUGACUGUGUUCCGCCUCGCAUAUGAGAAAGCAGUAGCCCUCGGUUACAAGCUGGAUAUUAUAUUUUAUCAAAUUCGUAUCGGCUUGUUUUACCUUGACAAUGACCUUAUCACACGGAACAUAGAUAAAGCCAUGACGUAAGUGCAGACUGUCAUAUGGUUUCUGACUUAACUAAGUGAUAUCAUCUUUACUCAGAGACUGCUAGUAUCAAGUGUAUGGACAAUUUUAUCUUAAAUCCCUCUGUAAUAACAUUUUUUUUACAUAACCGUAGUACAUAUAAAUGAUUAUAAGAUUGUAGUAUAUGCUAUUUUAUUUGCACAUUAUAAGUUACAAGAUGAUAACAUCACUGUAUUUGUCACUUUUAACUAAUACUAUUAACUUGUACCGGUAUCUUAGAUUAGCUAAAAUAUUUGUUAAAAAAUAUGAUUGAAAAAUAGUGAUAAUUAUUUAGGUAUACUCUAUACUGUAACUUGUUUUUUAUCAGCCUUAUAGAGGAAGGAGGUGACUGGGAUCGCCGUAACAGACUCAAAGUGUACCAGGGAAUCUACUUUUUAUCCAUCCGCGACUUCAAAUCUGCUGCUAAUAACUUCCUAGACAGUAUAUCUACUUUCACAUCAUAUGAGCUGAUGGAUUACAAGACGUUUGUUACGUAUACUGUACUUGCAAGUAUGAUUGCACUAGAGAGGGUUGACCUAAGACAAAAGGUUGGUUACCAGUCAGCAUCUCAAUAUAUUUACUUCUCAAUUCUGAAGUUAUGAAAUUUAGUCUUUAUUUCCAGUAUUAUCAUAAUACAGUGUCCUAUAAGCAACCAAAGAUUUCCAAGUCAAAAUCUUACAGUUGGAACCUCUCGUACAACUGUAAAAUUAAUGAUCAAUUCCUGUACACAACUGUGACCCCAUUUUUGGCUGACAGUGUAAAUAAUUUUCCAUUUAAUUUCUUUUAAACCCCUUUAAGCAACCACUUGACACAGGAUCUGAUCUCUCUGUUCAAUGUGUGCCCUACAACUGUAGCUAGGCUACUUUUACUUCUAAGAGUAAAAGAAGAAUUAUUACCAGUAACAUGGAACUUAACAUAUUGCAACUUACGUUGCUGUACAAAUAGCAGAUAAAAAUAUAAUAAUUUAUAAUGUUGUUUCUCAUCUGUACCAAUUUUUGACAAAAAUGUGUAUUUUAAUAGUUUAAUUAAGUUAGUUGUUGACUUGUGGUAUUAAAACCACUUUCUAGUUUGCAAAUGACAAAGGUAUUUUCAUGUUUAGGUUGUGAAUGGUGCUGAAAUCCUAGAAGUUCUCCAUCAGUUGCCAGUUGUAAACCAAUUCCUGACAUCCCUAUACAACUGCCACUAUGCUGAUUUCUUUGUAGCCUUGGGUAGGAAAGCUCUACUUUUUUUAUUCCCUCUAUAAAAAUUAAAUUAAACCCAUUGGGAAGGUGCCUUGUAAACCUGAAGGGAGCCACAAGUGAGUCAGGACAGUAACCAUGACAAACAUUUGAGCGGCACCCACCAGGCACCCUCACACUGAGAACCUCAGUGAAGAAAAAUGUGCAGAUACUUACCAAAAAACAUCCAAAGAGAAGGAAGGACUGGGAGUAAAAGAGGCUAAAGCUACCUGUACUGCUCGUGAAAGCAACGUGAGCGAGGUGAUUGACCCCAGAGAAAGCGCUGUAAAGUUGCUAAAGCCUAAGACCACCCUACUUAUCGUAUGAAUGGUGAUGAAGACCACCAGCAAACAUUGCUUGGUGUUUAAUCUCACCUAAAUUGUAUUCAGCCUAAUAGUAUUUUGCUGGUGUCACAAUAGCUUGCAUACUUACAGGCAAAUCUUAUGGUGUACAGAUAAAGAUCAAUAAUGAUGAUGAUGUAUUUUCUCUCUCCACAGCACAAGUAGAAGAUUUUCUCAAACAAGAUCGCUUGCUCUAUCCACACUGUAGAUACUAUAUCAGGGAGAUGAGAAUACACGCUUACACCCAGCUGUUGGAGUCAUACCGCAGUCUCACAUUGCAGUACAUGGCUAAUGCAUUUGGAGUUAGUGAGGAGUUCAUUGAUAAGUAAGCAAAGCACCAUUUAUUUAAAACAGAUUUAAGCUGAAUGCAAUUGCUGAAUUACUUGUUACCAGCUCACUUCUAACCUUGCUUAAAGCUUAUUUACACAGGAAAUUUUUGCAGCAAUUUUUGUGUUUACAAUUUUUGUACAGUGUAUGUGGCAAUUUUUUUCACUUGGAAAUUGCCAUUGCUUUGAACCUGCUGGAAAUUUGAUAUGAUAUAUAAGCAGUUUUUUGAGAUUCACUGCAAAUAAUUAUGUCUUGACAUUUUUCCCCAACCCCUCCCCCCUUCCUGAGUAGCUUAUCACACAAUGAGAAUAAAUAAUUUCAAGAGGAAAUCCUUUGUAAAUUUAUGUACAGUUCUUACUGAAUGCAUGCACAUCACUAAUUGGAGUACAUGUCGUACUGUAACAAUGUUCAGUGCUCGACUUUCAGAAAAAAAAUCUUGGGGCCAGCUGGCCCCCACGUUUUCAUUUUUGGUCGCCAGAACAAGUAUUCUGGUCGCCAAAAAUUAUAUUUAAGAACUAAUGGACCUUCUAUCACUAGUAAUUUAAUCAAACGUGUUUUGACCAUCUACAUGUAUCGCAUGAAACUUAUGCAAAGCACAGCCUUUCAACAGAAGCAUGUUGACCUUUAAAUAUUGUCGUUGCCUGCACUCUGCAACCUUCAGUUGUUACUAGUUGUUAUGUGUAUGAAAGUGCUUUUUUUUUAAAAUUAUUUAUUUUAUGUUAUUUUAUUUUAUUUCCAGAGAACUUUCAAGAUUUAUUGCAGCUGGAAGAUUGAACUGCAAAAUUGACAAAGUUGGAGGUGUUGUUGAAACUAACAGGUAAGUUUGUUUACAUGUACAAUAAUGUACUUCUAAUAUACUUAGUACUGUCACCACUCUUACAUGCUCCCAGCACUAUUUUAGAGUUUCCUUGUAGGAGGAUGGUACAGGUCUGUCAUUUAAAGAAUUUAUUGUGUCUUGGGACAAAUUUUUACACAAACUAUUGUUAUUUUCUUGUUCGUACAUGAGAUAUGCAACUGAAACGUGUAUGUGUAGAAAACUGUAGAAAACUCCUAUAUUGUUGGCAGGUUAAUGUAAUGUUAUUCUGAUUCACUCCAUCAUCCAUUCAUUCAUUUAUUUUAUUUAUCUACUUAUUUACUUAAGUAUUAACAUGGUGACUUUGCUUCUUCUCAGGCCUGAUCACAAGAACUGGCAAUACCAGGUAUGACCAUUCUUUUUUACCUUUUGAACUUACGGUAUAUAUCAAAGUAUAAAUUCUCAUUUGCUGUUAACUAUACUUUUUUGUAGAACUAUAUACUAUGGUGCAUCAAUUAUGAUUUACCUUAAGUGAUCAUGUUCUGAACUCUCAUGCUCACUCUGUUGAAUACGACAAAAAUAUAUCAAGGAGAAAUUAUAUGCUGAUCACAAAAAGAGUAUUGAACAGUCAAUUAAGUAUUUUAUCGCCCUCUGUCGUCAUUUUAAAACUGUCUUUUUGCUUUAUUUUGUUUGUUUGUUUUUUGCUGUAGGCUACUAUAAAACAGGGUGAUCUGCUAUUGAAUAGAAUCCAGAAGCUCAGCCGAGUGAUAAACAUGUAGCCGAGACGAACUGCUUUUUCAACCUUCUCUUGUCUGCGAGAUGAAAGAAUGGCUACUACCGUUCCAAGUUAUUUAUGCUUUUGUAAACAGUGCAUAUCUCAAAUGUAGACAUUUGAGAUAUAUAUUCAAAAAAUAAAACCUUUUUUUAUGGGAUGGUGUUUAGUUUGAGGUUAAUUUAAUUUUUUUUCUUUUUUGUCGAUGGGCGAGAAGAGUCAUAGGGAAGCGACAUGCCAAUCUCCCCUAUAUAUAAUCUCCCGCUCUUCGAACCCUCCAAGGGAUCAUCUGGUGCUUCCAAACGCGGCAUUUAAACUUGAUGAUAUCUGCACUCUCGUGCCGGGAUCUCCCGGGAUUUGUUAACCACUAUAGCCCAGGAACAAAGGCUUUAUCUCCGUUGAAAUUUGUUUAGACUAACUUAUUUAAAACGGAAGUAAAAAUGCUUAAAGUGGAAAACAUCACCGGCUAUUUGGUGUGGUUUAGAAGGCCGGAAAACGCUGACGACUAAAUAACCCCCACAUUAAGAGAGCUUUCAAGAAAAUUGUUUAAUUUGGCGAUAAGAAUUACAAUAAAAAUUCAAAACACUACAUAUUAUGUAUCCAUAUCAAAUUAAGUUAAGUUUAGCACCUCUAGGAAUAAAUGAUUGUUUGUGUCUAACAGUGCGUGAUACAGGUAAUCUGAGGUGCGCUGGGUUAGUCUUACAAGAUCUUAGAUUAUGGCCAUGAUCCACUGGCUUGUCUAAAAAACGUUUGCAAGGAUGUGCUUCAGAUUCUAGGAUACGUUGAAAUUCUUUCCUCGUCAAAUUCUGACGCCUAGUUACAAGUGACAAUUAAUGUGUUUGAAAACAAAGGAAAAUAACACUUAGACCGAAAAUAGAAUUGAACCGCGACAUAAUCGUGCCAACUGUAAGAUAAAUAUUAUGGAUAAUAAUUUUUAAAAGCUCUAGAGUGUCACGCAUUUGAAGUUCAAACUGAUUUUCGCGAAAAGUUAGUUGGAUAGUUUCCCCUCCCCACCCAUCUAAGGUUGUAAACGAUUUUCCCGCCAAAUGCUCCGUAUCCGAGCGUAGCAGCAGGUUGGCGACACGUUUCUCGGUGAUCAAACAAAUUGAUCGAAAUUUACAUUUUGCAUUUCAAUAACAUGCUUUGUUUUUGUUGAGCACAAUAUUUUUUUAUACGCUUCAUCGAGCGCAGAUCGCCAUGUUUUGCUGUUGCUUCUAAGUUAAACGCGUUCUUUGGUUGUGUAUUUAUUGCGAAUACACUCAAGCAUUAGUAUGCAAAUCGUUUCAGAAGAAGGAUCGUUCAAGAACGCAGAUGGAAAGAAAAUUUUUACCAAAUAUUGGAAACCAAGCGACAAGAAACCCAGGUGAGCAUUAUCAGCAGUUUAUUUCUUGAAGUUCAAAUCACGCUCUUCAAAAUUGACUGCUAACACAGUUGAAUUAGCGCUGCUUUGCUGCAGUCAAAAGUGCAUCGACCUGGCUAAAUGAUUAAUCAAGUUAUUUUUAUUAUAAGCAUUAUAAUAGAAAGGUUUAUGCUAAUGCAGAGUCAGAGCGAGGGAAUGAAAUCAAACGAGCAAAGUAAAGUCAACUUGAAAAAAGUCAUUUAAACGAGUGAAAUUAAAUUCCAAGCACACACGAGAUGUCCAAUGUUGUCUCGCGUUAACUCGCACAAACUCGCAACUGAUAGGCAAGCUCAAUUUUUCCUUAUCUCGCCUUAACUCGCAUAAGCUCGAACAAUCUCGCGGCGAGUUAAGGUUCGAGAGUAAGCCUGUUGACUUUGUGUGGUUUCCAUAUGAUCUGAGGAUCGGUACAAUCGCUGACAAAAAUUCAGCGAACUGAAUGAUAGUAGCUAUCUAUUAUUACAAUGGCGAAAUCAGUUAGUCGGUAGGUGGUGAGCAAAAACUGAUGACCAUCCGAAGAAUACAAAAAUUGAAGAAAAUAAACUAAACCUUCGUAUUAAAAGAAAAUAAUCUUAAUACAUCUUGCAGUUAAUUAAUCAUUUGCUGUGCUCGGAAGGACUCUAAAUGAUUUACAUGUAUAGCAAAAAAUUGAAAGUCUCUUGAUCAUUGAUAAAACAAAUAACAAUAGAUUUUCGUGGUUAUUUUCUCGAUAGAGCAUUGGUCUUUAUCUGCCAUGGAUAUGGAGAGCAUUGUUCACGCUACGAGAGGCUUGGAAAUGCUUUAGCUGAACAAGGCUACCUCGCCUUCAGUCAAGAUCACGGUAUGUCCCACCCCGGCCUUGUUCAAUCUGUACCGUGCUGCACUAACUACAUCUAAUCAUACUUUCUCGGGAAGAGUCGGGGGAGGGGGGUGGGGGUGGUAAUCUAAAACUAAAAAUACGUGUAUUGCAGAGCCUUGUGAGCUCGGGGAAGUAGCCGGUAAAAUGUUAGGGAUGGGAGGAAGGGAUAAAGAUAGAGUAGAAAACUGGACCAUUAUUUUUGGAAUUCAAUUUAUGAUUUUAUGGGCACCUGGCGAAUACAAAGAAAGACAGGAAAUAGUGUGAUAUAACCCUUCAAGAGCUAAUUUUUUGACAACAAAUCUUUCUAUUAGUUGGUCAUGGUCAGAGUGAAGGAGAAAGAGUCCAAAUAUCAGAUUUUUCCUGUUACGUCAGAGAUGUUUUUAAACACAUUGACCAAGUCACAGCAGACAACACAGGCAUACCAAUAUUUAUGUUUGGCCACUCAAUGGUAUGUACUGUUAUAAAAACGUUAUUGGAACUCUGCCCCUUUUUUUCGUUUUUUUUCUUUUUUGUUUGUUUGUUUGUUUGUUUGUUUGUUUUGUUUUUUUUUUUAGGUUCUCGGGUCCCCUAACCGAGUCGAUCACAGGAAUACAAGUAUAUGUCAAUUACGAUAAAGACCCCAAGCCCAUCAUGCUUUGCGGAUGUUUCGUAAUGUCGCGUUCUUGCCAGUUUGUUUUGAUAACAUAGAUAGCCUGUGAAUUUCAGGUUUUCUUAUUAUUAACUCUUUUCAAGUAUACGAAGAACUUCUAAAAGUACCAACAUGGAACUGAGAAAUAAAUCGGUGCAAUAUAUUUUAUACUGCUUUAAAGCAGCGCAGCUGUGCCCGGAAAUCUACUCCAAGGAAGCCGUCGUAAGCGACAACUUACUACAAGUCUCAGCCUUUAGAGUGGCUACUUACGGAAGGUUUGACUGUACCUUGAAAAGUUCAUGUUAUGAUAUUAUUAAUAUUAUGCGUUAUUCUUUUUAGGGUGGUACAAUAGCUGUUCUCAGUGUUAUGGAAAGACCUUACUUCUUUGCGGGUGCUAUUUUUAGUGCACCAAGCAUAAAAGUGGAUGCCAAUCCUUGCACGGUAAUUUAUUACUCCACUUGCUACAAAUAAUAAACGAAAACACAAUGCAACGACUGUUUCUCUUUUCCCAGGGUGCCGUCAAUGCAAAAAAAAGGAUACAGCAAACCCAAAACAGAAAAACACUACCAGAAAACAGAAAUACAAAUCCCGAAACAGAAAUAAACAUCCCAAAGCGGAAACACCUACAAAAAAAAUACAAAACUGAAAGGGAAUUUAAAAAUACAAACCAUGACCAAAAACCCCAAAACAGAAACAAGGAAAUAACUGGUAAAACAAUAGUUUCUCAUGAUUCAUCGUCUAUUAAUUAUCUUAACCCGCGAUCAGGCGGGGUUUUUUUAUAGGGAUGCAUGAUCACAGGCUAUAAUAGCCCAUUUCCGAGUUCCAAAAACUCUCUCUUUAAAAGCGAAGCUAAAGGUACAGUAAAACGGGCAACAAUUGCUGCAGAACGAGUCCGAAAGCGAUGCUGGGCGUUUUAUUGCCCAUAAAUCAAACCUGUCUUGCAGCAAAUAAGAUUCAGAGUUGCAAGUUGCGUAAAUACUGACUCCUGAUUGGAUAAAAUUACGCAGGAGUCACGCCAUACACAGGAGUUACAUCACUUGCUGCAAAACAAGUUUGCCUUGGGUCGGUAAUUAAAACGCGCAACAUUGACAGAUUUUGAUGCAAAAAGUAGAACUUCUCUCGAGUUUCUGGAACAACUUUUUCGCAACUUGUAUAAACCUGAUUUGCUGCAAGGGAGGCUUCAUUCGUGGGUAGUAAAAUGCGCAACAUCACUUUUCAACUAGUUUCCCAACAAUUUUGUAAAACAGGUUUCACGUUUUUGUUGUCCGUUUUACCAUAGCUUUAAUGCAGAGUGAGAUAAAACAGUUUUUAGAUGUGAAAUAUUUGCAGGGGCAGCAGUUUUUUUUAUAGUCAAUUCACAUGUUGUUUAAACAUACAUAUCUGAUUAAUUACUAGUCGAAACGAACUUUUUACAAAGUUCUAGUGGCGGAGGGAAGGGAAUAUGAUGAUUAUUUUAAUAGGAGAUUAUUUUAUCACGAGUCAAGUUUUUAACCUUGUCUUCUUGGGGGAGGUGCGAAAUUAAUACAGUAGUGAUUGGUCCAUAUACAAAAACGCAAAAAAAACAAACAAAAAGAACUUGGCCAAUAUUCAGCUAUCUGGACCUCACGCUUGGUUAAAAGAGACCUUUAGAUUCGAGGAUGAGAACUACUAGGAGUACGACUUUCGCUCUUCUCAAAAAGAAAAAUAGACACCCGGAAAGCUCCAUUGUACUUUUGAUUCACCACAAAAGUUAGCACUGUUACUUAUUGAAGGAGUUUAAGCCCUCUCCCGACCGAAAAUAAUAAAACUUAGCUUCUAACAUUUGAUAACUUGUUUUCGUCACAACGACAUUCUCGGCAAAACUCGUAGUAGAAUGACGACGGCUAUCACGUUUUCCCGCCAAAAUGACACUGGUUAAUGCGCGCGCACUGCUUAGCAUUAAGAAAAUCUCGUACUCGUAGUCGUCCUCGUCUUAAAAACUAAAGCUCUCAAAUAACGUAUAUAAUACAUGUAUCUUACAGGUUUGUGUAGGAAGAAUAGUAUCAUGGAUAAUGCCCUCGUACCAGAUCAGGCCACCGAUUGAUCCAUCACUCUUAAGCCAGGAUCCUACACAGGUGAUGCAAAACUACAGAGAAACUCAGCCGAGUUUACUUUCGCAAAGAGGUCUGGGAUUGUUACUAAGGACAGAGAAAAAGAUUGGCCAAUAGCUGACCGGCGUGACCCCAGUGACAAUCCAAGAAACAAUCGCGGGUCAAAUUUCUUCUCUAAUAAAAUUCCCUUCUCGUUUCUAAAAAGGCGAAUAACACAAUUGAAAACUGCUCUCUUUUCGUGAGUCAAAGGAGAGGGACUUUCGUAUGCAUUUUAUCCGCGUUUCCAAAAAAAGUUUCCACGACUUUCGAACAAUGCCGAAAAUAUUCAGGUUUGUCGAGGGUUAUUCUGUCCUGUUCAAUUGAUCAACCCUAAGAUUAUACCCCCGGUGGGGGAGGGCGGGGAGCUACUCAACAACGUUUUAUAUGGUAAGGCACCACCCCCUGACCUAACUCCUUACACAUUUAUCGUUGAAGGAGCUCGUCGUGUUUUUUAGGGUUGGAGCCUCCCCAUAAAAAAUUCAAUGUCACUCAGUUAUUUGCACAAUCCAUUUAGUAACCAAAGGUCUUACAACAAGUCGAAUUUCCUUGAGUACCAGGCGUCCCUCGCGCCUUCUACUCUCUCGCGCUUGACUUGUGGCAAGUCUAGGACUUCAAUAACACAAUGCACCUUGUUUAUUACUAUUGUUUUAGGUUGAAAAGUAUGCCAAUGAUAGCCUAAACUGGCAUGAGGGAAUGAAAGUUAGAUGGGCGGGAGCUAUAUUAGAUGCAAUGAAUGAAAUCCAGGGGAACUUUUCAAGGCUUACAACAUCUUAUCUACUUGUCCAUGGUGAUGGAGAUCAAUUAGUGAAGAUUGACGGUUCACGUUACUUACAUGAGAGUUCCCCAAGUAACGACAAGACAUUUAAGGUACACGAAUGAGCUGCUUUACUGACAGCACUGAGAGAACUAAUAGCCUCUCUAUGGGUAUUUCCGACGAAUAGUCAGGGCGCUUGACGGUAUAUCAUGAUGGCAGGAAGAUGCGGUCUUAAAACGGCGUUUUUUCAUGUGGUGAUAUUGUCCUGCCCGGGGUACGAGUUUCGGCCGCUUUGUUCCAAGCGUAAUUAUUGUAAACUUAUCCCAACAAAAGUCGUGAUUUGUCUAAACCCUUUUAACCCCAAGAGUGACCAAUAUCUAUUUUCUCGUAACAAUGUCACCACAUUUUCAAGGAAAAAGGUUAUGAGAAUGUAUAAAAUAAUCACCAAAGAGGAAAUUCUCGUCCCCAAACGGGUGUCUAAAGAAUAAUACAGAGUUUUCCCUCUUCGUCCAAUUUUCCGUCCCGUUGUCAUUUUUAAAUCUACCUAUUAUUAUUUCAUUAUAAACUCAACUGCGUGUAAAACUUGCUUUGCAGGUGUACAAAAAUGGACGCCAUGAACUUUUGAAUGAGGUGGAACAAACUGCGAGCGUGGUUUACAAGGACAUUCUUGACUGGAUUCAGCAAAAGCUACCUUGAACUGUUUUAGGGCCACGUGCACACGAAUCCAGACUAAUUUUUGAAACUGCAUAUUUUUUCACCCGCAUUCGUGUAGACGAGGCCUUAAACCACUCUGGAGAGCGGUUUCAAAAAGAUAUCAGGCUGACUUAGCAAUAGAACGGGAACGUCAGUUGACGACGACGCGCGCAAAUCAAACAACUGGCUUGGCCAAUCACAGAGCAGCAAAUUGAGCAAUGGAAGUCGCGUUUAGUCCUUUCCGCGCGCUUUCCCGUUGUCAACUGAUGUUCCCGCUCUGUUGCUAAAUCAGCCUAAUGUUUGGGUGAGAGGAUUCACCGGUUUCGUGCGUGGACGGAAUACCAGACGGAAGGCCGAUUCAUGUGAAAAAUAUAUCUAAAUGCGCUUUUAAAAAUAUCCGGAUUUGUAUGGACGAGGCUUUUCACGAUAGUGUCAAUCCACAAAUAUGACCAGAAUCAUUUCGUUUUUUUUUUUUUAAUUUCUUUCAUAUUUAAUUCAGUAAAUUCAGGAACCUUAAUUUGCAUGAGAAAGCCAAAUUUUGUGGGAUUCUAAAAAAGGCCGUUUCCAAGAUGACGUCAUUUCAACAUACCAGAUUCCUUCAGGGUUUUGCUUUCUUGCGUAAGUUAGGGCUUUUGUUAUUUAAACCUCAGUGGGAUUACCAAAUUUAAUUAUAAAAGAAAAAAUGAAAUGAAUUCCUUUAGUAGCAAAACCAUGUCAUCGCGUAAAUAGCCAAUUAGGCCCCGUGGCCCCAGUAGCCUUGCAGCAGUUCAGAAUAGACCCCUAUGUGUCGCAGUUCUUUUGUUUUCGGGCUAGGUUCCAAACUUUGUUUGUUCAUACUUUUCCCCGCCAAUAACGUGACGUCUUCCAAGAACUGCAAGGUCCCUCCUUAUAGGAAGAAAAGUCGCCCCGAGUAGAAGAGUCCCUCGCCUAUCCCAGCUACCGUUGGCGAGCCAAAAUUUCCUACAUUUCCUUACCGAAACUUGGCGUUUAAAUACACUAGAAACAAAUAGUGGGCUAGAGCGCUUUUUCAAUGGUAAGGUCACCUUUCUAGCUAAGCCGGGUCAACUCGGUCAAGGCGAGAGAAUCAGACCAUGCGGGAGCGCUGUUUUCAGCUCUAGGCUUGGGCAAAGGGGCCAACUGUUUAUCAUAUAAACACUUGCUUAAGUUGACUAGGGCUGGGAGGGUAACCCCGGGGAAAUUUUUCUCUAUGUGAACGGGGCCUCGUUCGCAUGUUUUCUUGAUAUAGAUUCAAUAAACAGAAC